AUGGCAGAACAGUGCAUUGUCUGCCUGGAGCAGCUCCGCGCUCCACUACCAGGCGAUGAUGACAGUGGCCGUGCCCCUACCCCCAACGCCAGCACUAGCACGCAUCCCGACCCAACAGACGCCGUCACCGCCCCCAAAAACAAUGACACCAGCGAACCGUUCACCGCCGCAGGGCCAGCCUUGUCCGGCCCAAAUGGCCAAAACCGCGGCAGCGAUGAGUCCGACGAAUCUGCUCGCGAUGCUCAAGGCAGCGAUACUGGAAAUUCCAAGGCCCUUAGCAACGGCCACGGCAGUGAACAGGUCGGCAAAGUAGAGCCUCUCGAGGACGAUCUGGUCGCCGUCAUCCAAAUCUGCAAGCAUACGCUGCAUGACACAUGUCUGCGAGAAUGGACCACCAAGGCCAACAGCUGUCCUAUCUGCCGGCAAUCAUUCCAUCUCGUCCAUGUAUACGACCAAAUAGGAGGCAAACUGAUCUCUACGUACACCGUCGAAGACAAGAAGCAAGUCGCCGAGUUCGACCCUCAGCCAUGGCUCGAAGAGACCGAGGUUUUGGAUGACGAGGUGUCUACGCCCUGCCCCGUUUGCAACCUUGCCGAUCAUGAGGAGGUUCUCCUGCUUUGCGACGGUUGCGACACACCUUACCACACACACUGCAUCGGUCUGGAGGGUGUUCCUGAGGGCGCCUGGUUUUGCAUGGAAUGUGUGGAUUCAUUGGGCGAUGCCAUCGCGGCGCCUAUGCAAAGCGCGUCUCUUGGAGGCAGCGAUUCGGUCCGCCAGACCGCUGGCCGGAGAUCGGGCGCUGGCCGCAAUCGCAACUUCUUUCCCCGGACCAGACAUACCAUGCGCCGUGCCCGGCGCCGUGCACGGUCCGACGAGUGGCAGGGUGCCUGGAGUCAGAUCACGGGCCAUGUCUGGGACGCCAUUCGCAUCGACCUGGACCACGACGAAGACGAGGCGCUGGAAGAGUUCCGUCGGGUCGAGCGGUUGCGCGACCAGGAGCGCCGCGAAUUCGAACGGUGGCAAGAGCGUUUGGACAUUGCACGCCGGCUCGGUGCGCAAGACGUUUUCGAGCGCAACAUUCCGGACGCCAUUUUGAACCACGCUGCACGCCAUGGGGGCUCCUCGCAGCCAGCUUCAUCAAACCCCCGUGCCAUUGUCGCCGCUGUCCAACAAUCGCAGCAAGAGCGGCGUGCGUGGGGUGACUUCGAUCGUGCACUUGAGUGCGAAGCAGCGGCGGGGACGAACACAACGAACCCUCGGAAGCGCAAGUCACGUUCGCACACUGCGUCGCCUGUCCAACAGCCUCAGGAGCAGGAGCGCAAGUUGAAACGGCCACGCACACGCCGGAUAGGAGCACCUAGCGAAGGCGCCGCAUCCUCGUCCAAACAACCCACCUCGACUGCAACGCCGAGAACACCUACCGAGCGGAGCCUGCCUAGUCGGCCCUCCGCAUCUCUACUUUCUUCCACACCGAGACCUCCGUCUCGGCCCGCUUCCCGACUGGGUCUGUCUCUGCAAGCACCUGUGGCGGCAAGAGCGGGCCACUCCUCGGCGUCGCCAGCCUUGGCAGCCCAGUCCCCCGCCGGAACGUCGACGAACACGAAUGAUGAACCCCCCUCGUUUCUUUCGUCGCUCCUUAAAGAGGUCGAGAUGAGCACGUCAUCCGACGACGACAAUAUCCGCAGUUUGUUCGGCGACCCUCCGUCGCACGCUGUCGACCCUGCCUCGCCGGUCGCCUCGUCGCCGGCUGGAUCGGCGCACAACAGCCCGCGGGCCAUGUCGACCACCCCACCACCACAGCGAACUUUGCGGCCUAGCUCUCCGACAUUGCUGAGCUCACACAUCUUGCCAGUCUACCCGCCCGCGAACUACUCGCCCACGCGGCCGACCGCGAGCUCGGCAAGUGCAGGUGUUGGCAGCGGCGGCGACAACAGCGACUCAGAAGGUAGUGGGCACAUCCACACAACGCGUCCACGUGUAACCCGAAAUGGAAGCGGACACAGCAAUGCCGCCAGUCCAAACAUAAAUACAAGCACAAACGGCGGUAGCCAUCAACAUCGGUCGCCGCCUGCUGCUGAAGCUGUCGAAAUCCGACAACCCCGGCCGCGCCGCAUGUCGUCCGCUGCAGCGAUUUCACGGUCGUUGGACUCCUCUCCAACACGCCAUGCGCUUCCACUGGAGAUGAAGGAAAGCAUCAGCAGCAUCGUCCGGUCGGCGUUGAAGCCGCACUGGAAAUCGAGCCACCUGACAGCCGAUCAGUAUGCAGCCAUCAACCGCGACGUCUCUCGCAAGCUCUAUGAAGAAGUCACCGAUCCUGCCGUUGUCGAUGGCGAGGCACGGAAGCUGUGGGAGCACAAGGCGAACAGAGAAGUCGCUCGCGCAGUAGCUGACCUGCAGGCGUGA